CCAUUAACACGACAAACACCUCCAUCUCCUUCAAGCCUCGAUUUUCUUCUCUCUUUUUGGUAACAAAUCUGCACAAGAAAGCUAGUCAUUACAUACAGUGAGUUUCACGUAUGGCUGUGAAAGAUCGACGUUAGAGAAGAGAAAGCGUAUAAAGAAGACGAUGAUGCAUGUCAAUGCCGUCCUGGUCGCCAUCACGACUGCUCUGCUAGCGUGCGUUCCUCGGCGCAUGUACGCCGAGGAGCGGCGCCUCACGGUGAAGAUGACCAUUGUCCAACGCGGUUCCGCUCUCGGAGCUUUUUGCUUGGAUGGGAGUUUGCCUGCGUAUCAUCUGCACAGAGGAUUCGGGGCCGGAGCAAGAAACUGGCUUUUGCAGUUUGAGGGUGGAGGGUGGUGCAAUGAUGUAAAAUCAUGCUCUGACAGAGCCAGCACGCGAAGAGGAUCAACACGUUAUAUGACCAAGUGGGAAGUCUUUUCUGGAAUCCUCAGCAAUAAUGCAUCUCUUAAUCCAGAUUUUUACAACUGGAACCGAGUGAAGCUUAGAUAUUGUGAUGGAGCUUCAUUUGCUGGAGAUGCAGUAGUUAAUAAUGGGACAUCAUUGCUCUAUUUUAGAGGGCAAAAGAUUUGGGAAGCAAUCAUCCUUGAUCUUCUGCCGAAAGGUUUAGGACAAGCACGUAAGGCUUUGCUAUCAGGUUGUUCUGCUGGGGGUUUAGCAUCGUUUUUGCACUGUAACAGCUUCACUAACUACUUACCAAGCAAUACCAGUGUGAAAUGCUUGAGUGACGCCGGAUUCUUUCUCGAUGAACGAGAUAUAACUUUGAACCACACCAUGAGGUAUUUCGUAAAAGAUCUUGUGACUCUACAGGGAGUAGAGAAGAAUCUGGACGAGAACUGCACGAAGAAUUCCAUUUAUCCCGAGCUGUGUUUCUUUCCACAGUAUGCAUUGAAGUUCAUCACAACACCUUUCUUCAUAUUGAACUCAGCCUAUGAUGUUUACCAGUUCCAUCACAUAUUGGUGCCGGCCUCAGCAGAUCCGCACGGACAUUGGAACCGUUGCAAAUUGAAUCCGGCAGCGUGCAACCCUGAACAGUUAAAUACAUUGCAAGAAUACAGGCGCGAUAUGAUCGUUGCAAUGGGACUGUUCUACAAAUAUUCGAGAAGCGGAGGGAUUUUCCUCAAUUCAUGUUUUGCUCAUUGCCAAAGUGAGUCUCAGGACACAUGGUUUGGUGAUGAUUCUCCAAGGGUACAUAAUAAGACAAUUGCAGGAGCAGUGGGUGACUGGUACUUCAGCAGAAGGGUAACAAAGGAAAUUGACUGCCCAUAUCCUUGUGACACUACUUGCCAUAACCUCAUCCCAUCAGCUCAGGCCGCUUUAGAAGAUACAAAAAGCUAAUAACUAGGCCAACAUUUUCAAGGAGAGGCAGGAAUACAAGUACACAAAGUGAUACGGCAUAUAGCUUAGUAGAAAAUAGGAAAAAAAACAAACAAAAGCAUGUAUUCUUUUAUUGCAAUUCGAUUUAAUUCAUCAAUAAAUUAGAAAUUCAUUUAUUUUUAUUUU